AUGUUUAGCCCAUUCUUUAGCUUCUACGAAUACGAAAUCGACCUUGCCCCCAAUGCCGCGUUUCUUGCCAUCUUUUCAGUCUCCUUGCUGGGCUUCUUUGGUGUCUGGAUCGCCACCCGCAGAGGUACCGCCUUCAAUGUUGCCAUGAUACUUGGUCUCAUUUGUGAGAUUCUUGGCUAUGUUGGACGCAUUUUAAACUGGCAGACCCCAACGUAUGAGAACGGGUUUCUAAUGCAGAUUUGCUGUUUGACAAUUGGCCCGGCCUUUAUGGCUGCUGGUCUUUAUCUGUGCCUUCGAAGGAUUGUGUCGGCUUUUGGGCCGGAGAACUCGAGGCUCUCUCCCGAGUACUACACCCGCAUUUUCAUUCCCUGCGACCUUAUAUCCCUCAUCCUUCAAGCCGUUGGUGGUGGUAUGGCUUCAACUGCCGCUCGUAUGGGGCAAAGCGCUGCUACAGGAACCGAUAUCAUGAUUGCAGGCCUCGUCUUUCAAGUAAUCACCAUCAUCGGCUUUAUCGCAUGCUCAAUAGACUUCGCUCUCCGAACGAUGCGUCGAAAAUGUGCACUCGGAGAUGCGGCCUUUGAUCAACGCCCGGAAGUCUCCAAAGUUCGCAAUUCCCCUUGGUUCAAAGCCUUUCUUGGCGCUUUAUCGCUCUCCACAUUCUGUAUUCUUUGGCGAAGUGUCUUUCGAGUGGCGGAGCUGUCUAGAGGGUGGAAGGGACCCAUAAUGGCUAAUCAGUACAUGUUUGUUGGAUUUGAGGGCAUCUUGAUUGUGGUUGCUGUUGCUGUCCUCAAUGUAUUCCAUCCGGCACUGUGUAUGAAAGAGUUGCUGGAGCUCAAUGAUGGUGGUCUCAAGGGUCUUUGGGGCUUCCGUAGCCGUGCUAGCAUGGCAAACGAGAGUGAGAGCUCGGUUGAGUAUGAUGGAAAGACACCCACGGCUGAGGCUAUCGCGGUAUAG